AUGGCUGAUCAAUCCAUCAUUCGCAUCACCAAGGAGUUGAGCGACAUCCAGCGCACUUCAGAUUUGUCGCUGGCCGUUGCCUGCCGAGAUGUCGAUGUUCGCAACGUUAAGGCGUUGAUCAUUGGUCCUCACGACACGCCCUACGAGUUCGGUUUCUUCGAGUUUGCGAUCAGAUUCAAUAAGGACUACCCGCGCAAGUCUCCCAAUGUUAACGGCAUCACAACGAACGGCGGACGCUGUCGCUUCAAUCCCAAUAUCUAUGCAUCCGGCAAGGUUUGCUUCACUUGGCGCGGCGAGCGUGGCGAGGAGUGGUCGGCCGCGCAGGGUCUCGAGUCGAUCCUUAUUUCCAUCCAGAGUCUGAUGUCGAGCAAUCCUUACGAGAACGAGCCGGGUUUCGAAGAGGCAAACGAGGCGUCGGACAAGAAGCAUCAGAAGGAUUAUGUGCAGAAGAUCCGUCAUGAGACCCUCCGCAUCUCCAUCAUCCAGCGCCUCGAGGAAUACCUAGGACUGACCCCCGAGGGCGUCUCCAUCGCCCAGCAGUCCGCUGCUGAGCAAGAUAUCGACAUGGACACCGAGGACAUGGACGACACCAGCGUUCCGUUCGAACCCUUCAAGGACCUAUGCAAGCGCAGAUUUCUCUGGUACUACGACAAUUACCUAAGUGCUGUUCAGAAGGCCAAGACAGAGGUCAAGGAUCACCAGGCGUUUGCUCGCAUGCCGUUUGAAGGAGCUAGCAACUCCAUGGAUGGCAAGUUCAACUACACCGAGCUGGAGAGACGGUUGCGCAACAUCAAGGCUGCCCUCGAUAAUGAGCUUGUCAAGUGGGCGAAGGAGGGUCAGAUUGCGAGCGACAAGGAGAUGACGGUCUCGGUCAACCUGCGCCACCAGUACGAGCAGGUCGUGCAGGCAUUCAAGCGCCAGGACAUUCCCCACGACGUGCAAUUGGAAGACAACAACCCUUUCGUCUGGGUCAUUACCUACUUUGGACGGCCGAUGACCAACCUUGAUGGCGGUCUCUUCCGUAUCAAGAUCCACUUCAGCCCUCGUUUCCCCGAGGAGCAACCUCGCGUGAAAUUCAACACUCGCAUCUUCCACCAUCGGAUCGCCGAGGAUGGCACAGCUUGCUACUUCCCCAACAAUCUGCGCAAAGAUGACGUUCGCUCUCAUAUUGAGGCGGUCUUUGCCGCAUUGGAAGAGGAGGACCCCGCCUACGAUCCCCGCACAUUGGUCAACCCAGAGGCUCACAAGCUCUACUGGGGCGGCGCCGAUGAGCGGAAGAACUACAACCGUCGUCUCCGGAGGUCUGUUCAGCAAAGCAUGGAGUAA